AUGGUGAAAAAUAUAAACAUACUGGAGAAGGCACAAGCUGAGGUGAGGGAAGUCUUUAGAAGAAAAGGGAAGAAAAUCGAUGAAGGAAGCAUUGAAGAAAUCAAAUUCUUGAAGCUAAUUAUAAAAGAGACUAUGAGUCUGCAUCCUCCUAUUCCCUUGUUAAUUCCAAGAGAAUGUAGAGAAGCAUGUGUGAUUAAUGGAUUUGAUAUACCCAUCAAAACCAGACUCAUGCUUGGAGAAAUUUCUGCAAUUAUUGCUUCAGUGCCAGAGUUCGCGAAAGAAGUGAUGAAAACUCAUGAUACUACAUUUGCAUCAAGGCCUUAUAAUCCAACAACAAGUAUCAAUGAACGCAAGAAGUCUGACAAGAGUAAUGGAGAUAAACAUCUGGUUAAUGUUCUCUUCAAACUUCAAGAGCAAAUCAAUCUUCAAUUUCCAUUAACUAACAAAAACAUCAAAGUGGACAUGUUUAGUGCUGGCAUCGAGACAUCUUUGACAGUAUUGGAGGGGACAAUUUCUAAAUUGAUAAAGAAUCCAACAGUGAUGGAAAAAGCACAAGCUGAAGUGAGGGAAGUCUUUAAUAGAAUGGAAAAGGUUGAUGAAACGGGUAUUAUUGAAAUGAAGUUCUUGAAACUAGUGAUAAAAAAGACUAUGAGGUUGCAUCCUGCUGUUCAUUUGUUAAUUCCAAGAGUAUGUAGAGAGAAAUGUGAGAUUAGUGGGUUCAAUGUACUUACCGAUACCAACAUCAUGGUUAACGCAUGGGCGAUUGGAAGAGAUCCAGAAUAUUGGAAUGUACCUGAGACUUUUAAUCCUGAGAGGUUCAUUGAUAGUUCUAUUCACUACAAGGGUACCAAUUUUGAGUACAUCCCAUUUGGUGCUUGA